GCCCGUGCGGAGAGAUUGCGGUGUCUGUCUCAUCCGGAGUCCGCUGCCUCUUCGCUGGGACGUAAGACUCUCUCCACCGCUCCGCACCUCCAUCCACUACUUCACCAAUAAGCCGAACUCGGUUCCUCUGGUUUUACUUUUUAGCAGGGUGUCGUUUUUUCUUUUCAGUCGAGUGCCUGCAUCGAAGCAAGCAUGUUGGAUCCGUCAUCCAGCGAGGAGGAAUCGGACGGGAUAGUAGAGGAGGAGAGCAAAGAGACGCUGGCGCCGCAGUCCGGAGGUUCUCGCGUGUCGCCGAGCAGAGGCAGCGAGAGCUCGGAGCGGCUGCAGCCCGGGGGCCGUGGGAGCAGCGCCCGCCCCAGCAGCCCGAGCCCGUCCGCCGCCAGCGAGCACGAGAAGGAGGACGCCGAGAAGCUGCAGCGGGAGGAAGAGGAGAGAAAGAAGCGCCUGCAGCUCUACGUCUUCGUCAUGCGAUGCAUCGCGUAUCCGUUCAACGCCAAGCAGCCGACCGACAUGGCGAGGAGGCAGCUCAAGAUCUCCAAGCAGCAGCUUCAGACCACCAAGGAUCGCUUUGAGUCUUUCCUCAAAGGAGACACUCAGAUUGUGGCAGAUGAGGCCUUCAUCAAUGCAGUUCAGAGCUACUAUGAGGUGUUUCUGAAGAGCGAUCGCGUGGCUAAGAUGGUCCAGACUGGAGGUUUUUCUGCUGUGGACUGCCGUGAAGUGUUCAAGCGCCACAUUGAGAAGCGCGUCCGCAGUCUGCCUGAGAUUGACGGCUUGAGUAAAGAGACGGUCCUGAGCUCCUGGAUGGCCAAGUUUGAUACCAUCUACCGCGGGGACGAGGACCCACGCAAGGCUCAGCAGCGCAUGACGGCCAGUGCCGCAUCCGAGCUCAUCCUCAGCAAAGACCAGCUCUAUGAGAUGUUCCAGCAGAUCCUUGGCAUCAAGAAAUUUGAGCACCAGCUGCUGUACCAGGCCUGUCAGUUGGAUAAUCUGGAUGAACAGGCUGCUCAGAUCAGGAGGGAGUUGGAUGGGCGUCUGCAGAUGGCUGAUCAGAUUGCCAGGGCAGGCAAGUUUCCCAAGUUUGUGUCAAAGGAGAUGGAGGCCAUGUACAUUGAGGAGCUGAAGUCAUCUGUAAAUCAGCUGAUGGCUAACCUUGAGAGCAUGCCUGUGUCCAAGGGAGGAGAGUUCAAACUUCAGAAACUGAAAAGAGGACACAAUACAUCUAUCAUUGACAUGGGCCAGGAGGAUGAGAACCAGCUCUCCAAGUCAGAUGUGGUUCUCUCCUUUACACUAGAGGUAGUGAUCAUGGAGGUGCAGGGGCUGAAAUCUCUGGCCCCAAACCGCAUCGUGUACUGUACUAUGGAGGUGGAGGGAGGAGAGAAGCUACAGACUGACCAGGCUGAGGCUUCCAAACCAACAUGGGGGACUCAAGGAGACUUCACCACUACACACCCUCUGCCAGCAGUGAAGGUCAAACUGUUCACUGAGAGUACAGGGGUGUUGGCCCUGGAGGACAAGGAGCUGGGCAGGGUUGUCCUUCACCCGACCCCUAACAGUCCAAAGCAGUCUGAGCUGCAUAAGAUGACCGUGACCAAGGCCUGCCCAGACCAAGACCUGAAGAUCAAACUGGCUGUUCGCAUGGACAAGCCCCAGAACAUGAAGGCUUGCGGGUACUUAUGGGCUUUUGGGAAGAAUGUUUGGAAGCGCUGGAAGAAGCGCUUCUUUGUUCUGGUCCAGGUGAGCCAGUACACUUUUGCCAUGUGCAGCUAUCGGGAGAAGAAGUCAGAGCCACAGGAGCUGCUACAGCUGGAUGGGUAUACUGUGGAUUAUACUGACCCACAGCCAGGUUUGGACGGAGGCCGUGCUUUUUUUAACGCCGUCAAGGAGGGCGACACUGUGAUCUUCGCCAGCGAUGAUGAGCAGGACCGCAUCCUAUGGGUGCAGGCCAUGUACCGGGCUACCGGCCAAUCACACAAGCCAGUCCCGCCCACCCAGGUCCAGAAACUCAACUCCAAGGGCGGGGCAUCGGCACAGAUGGAUGCACCCAUUUCUCAGUUCUCUGGACUUAAGGACGCUGAUAGGGCACAGAAACACGGCAUGGAUGAGUUUAUCUCGGCUAACCCGUGUAAUUUUGACCACGCCUCGCUGUUCGAGAUGGUGCAGAGGCUCACGCUGGACCACAGGCUCAAUGACAACUUUGCAUGCCUGGGUUGGUUUAGCCCAGGUCAGGUCUUUGUUCUGGAUGAGUACUGUGCUCGAAAUGGUGUGAGAGGAUGCCACAGGCACUUGUGCUACCUUAGGGACCUGCUGGAGCGAGCAGACACAGGUCACAUGAUUGACCCAACACUGCUGCACUACAGCUUCGCUUUCUGUGCCUCCCAUGUCCAUGGCAACAGACCUGAUGGUCUCGGAACCGUGAUAGUGGAAGAAAAAGAUCGCUUUGAGGACAUCAAAGAACGGUUACGUGUUCUGCUGGAGAACCAGAUCACAAACUUUAGGUAUUGUUUUCCGUUCGGGCGUCCUGAGGGAGCACUGAAAGCCACUCUGUCUCUGCUGGAGAGGGUUCUGAUGAAGGACAUUGUGACCCCAGUGCCACAGGAAGACGUGAAGGCUGUCAUCCGUAAAUGCCUGGAGCAGGCAGCUCAAAUCAACUACCAGCGCAUUACUGACUACGCCAGAGUGGAAGGAAAAAAGAGGGAAAUGUAUGAUCACCCUGUCUACUCCUUGGCAACACAAGUGAUGGAUUUAACCAUCCUUGAGAAAACUCUAAAGGAUCAAAGGGAUCCAGAGAAUGUAGCAAACCUAGCUACUCCUGCCAAAAAACUGGAGCAUGUCAUCCGCCUGGCAGAGUUAGUCAUUGAGGUUCUACAGCAGAAUCAGGACCAUCAUGCUGAGGCUGCGGUCACAAGUACAGGAGACCAGUCGGGAAAAGAGGCCUUUGCCUGGUGGUCAGAUCUGAUGGUGGAGCAUGCCGAGCACUUCCUGUCCCUUUACGGCGUCGAUAUGGAUGCGGCUCUUGAGAUCCAGUCUCCUGAAAGCUGGGACAGUUUCCCUCUCUUCCAGCUCCUCAAUGACUUCUUACGGACUGACUACCAUCUGUGCAAUGGGAAGUUUCACAAGCACUUGCAGGACCUGUACGCGCCGCUGGUGGUGCGAUACGUCGAUCUAAUGGAGUCCUCCAUCGCUCAGUCCAUUCACAGGGGCUUUGAGCGCGAGUCCUGGGAACCUGUGAAGAGUUUAACAAGUAAUCUACCCAAUGUGAAUCUACCAAAUGUGAACCUCCAAAUUCCCAAAGUACCAAAUCUUCCUGUGCCAGUAGCAGGACUAUCUGUUAACCUUCCACAAAUGCCUAGCUUUUCCACUCCAUCCUGGAUGACUGCUAUUUAUGACUCUGAUAAUGGCUCGGGGACAUCAGAGGAUCUGUUCUGGAAGCUGGACGCCUUGCAGACAUUCAUCAGAGAUCUGCACUGGCCUGAGGAGGAGUUUGCCAAGCACCUAGAAAACCGGAUGAAGCUCAUGUCCAGCGACAUGAUUGAGUCCUGUGUUAAACGCACCAGGGCAGCAUUUGAGUCCAAGCUGUCCAAGAGUAGCCGCUCUACAGAUUUCCGCAUCCCACUCUCCUUAUGCACCAUGUUCAACGUGAUGGUGGAUGCCAAGGACCAGUCAGCUAAACUGUGUGCCAUGGAGAUGGGCCAGGAGAAACAGUAUCACUCUAAAAUCGACGACCUCAUUGAAGAGAGUGUGAAGGAUAUGAUUUCACUUUUGGUGGCUAAGUUUGUGGCGAUUCUGGAAAGUGUUCUAGCCAAGAUCUCUAGGUAUGAUGAAGGAACUCUCUUCUCCUCCUUCCUUUCCUUCACGGUGAAAGCAGCAUCAAAAUAUGUGGAUGUCCCUAAGCCAGGAAUGGAUGUUGCUGAUGGCUAUGUGACCUUUGUUCGUCACUCUCAGGACAUACUGCGAGAUAAGGUCAAUGAGGAGGUGUAUAUAGAGAGGUUAUUUGAUCAAUGGUAUACAGCCACCAUGAAUCUGCUGGGGACUUGGCUCACUGACCGAAUGGACCAACAGCUCCAUGUGUACCAGCUCAAAAUCCUCAUCAGGAUUGUAAAGAAAAAAUAUCGAGAUUUUAGGCUGCAAGGCGUUCUUGACUCAACGCUGAACAGCAAGAUGUACGAGACGGUACGGAACCGGCUCACGCUGGAAGAGGCCACUGCCUCGGUCCGAGAGGGUGGCAUGCAGGGCAUUUCCAUGAAGGACAGCGAUGAAGAGGACGAGGAGGAUGAUUAGAGCACCAAGCCACGUGGUGUGCUCUAAACCUGAGUCUCUCUGACCCCUACACCACCCUACCCUUUCCCCAUAGCCUGGUAACAGAAGAUGCAUGUACCCACUCUGAUUACUCCAGUUAGCCAUCCUAGGACCUCCCGUCAUCUGCUCGAUAUGCCCACAAACAGAGCUAAAGUCAAGAAAAAGCUAGUAAAUAUAAUGAGUAAAAAGAAAUGUUAAAAAGAGUUACAAAGAAUAUGACUGACAGUUUUAGCUGUGUUAUGAUAUAUAAUAAAGAAUGGGAAAAAAAAAAAACAAAGAUUUUUUUGGACUAAUUUAUUUGGGGAUUUAUUUCUAUGUGUUCCUAAGCAAUAUGGAGUACCAUUUGUUUGACAAUGUCGAGUGAGAUUAUUAGGUGUGUCCCUGUCCAAUGCGAUAACAUAUAUGGCGCUUCUUUGACGUACUCUUACAUACAUUAAUGGUACAUUGUCGUAAAAGAUGAGUGUAUGGAUCCUUUUCUUUGUCUUGUCUGUUUCUAAAGUGGAUGCCAACUGCUUCAAAACUGAAAAUGAACCUCUGUACUUAAGUUAAAAGUUGUUAACUGUAAAUGUCCUCUGUGUCUGCACAUUCUCAUUAAAAAAAUGUAACGAUUUUUUUCUUUACUUGUGCUGAGCCUCUGUGACUCUUACGAGAAUCUUGUGUUGCAUUUCACCACCAAGACAUUGUCUCAACUUCAUCUUAAAACUAAUAUGAAUUGGUAUUCUAGAAAGGCAAUAUUCUCUUAGCUCCAUUUUGAUAUCUCAUUGGAGACGUCUUUUAUUUAGAUGUCAGAAAUGACUACCAAAUAAUAUAUUUUUGUUCAGUUUAACUUUUACAAAGUAAAGUGAUUCUUGCCUUUUUUGGUUUUUAUGUUCUAUUCAAAGCAAUCUUUCAGGUUAUUACUUACAUAGCCAGAGAUAUGUGCCAUUCUGGGAGGUCUCACUAUUGAUUUGUAUAUACACAGCUGUACAUUGCACUCUGAGCCAUCACUGCAUGCUUGUGGGUUCCACCUUCUCCAAAAGCUCUAUGUUUUUCUUUUCUGUGUCAGUUAGCUGGUGGAUUCAUUCUUGCGUUUGCCUUAUCAAAGCCAACAGUUGUUAUAUGCAAGAGCUGUGGCCUCUCAAUAAAUAUAACUGUACAAAUAUG